CUUUGGUGGUUUGGCAGCUGAAGACAGAUCAGAAUUGGACAAGCUGCCAACCUCACUACUCUUCCGAGGCCCAGCAGGUGGCCAAGCUACUGACAGAGACUGUGGGGAACAUCUUGUUCCUCUGACUGACUGACACAGUUGUCAUCAUCAUUGGGUCAGUGCACAACGUUCAGCUUCUCUGUCAGCAAGUCUGCAGCAUGGAAAAACUCAACUCCUCUAUGGUCACUUCUAACAUCUCCUCUCCUGGACAUCCACCUCUUGAAUCCUGGGGCUCCAGAGGUCUGGUCCCUUCGUUGGUGCUGUCUUUCUGCUUCCUGCUGGGAGUUCCUGGAAACAUCGCUGUGAUCAUCCUCAGACCAAACUGGGAGAACAUGUCCAGUCUGAGCCAGAUUCUGAUGCUGAAUUUGGCCAUAUCAGACGUGCUCUGCCUGAUCACCCUGCCUCUGUGGAUUUACGCUCUACUGAAUGGCUGGAUCUUUGGCCUGGUGGCCUGUAAGCUCCUGUCAUUUCUCAUUUACUGCAGCAUUUAUGGAAGCAUGCUGACUGUGAGUGUGCUGAGCAUUCAGCGCUACCUCCAGGUGGUGCGCCUGCAGAAGUUCUUUGAUCAGCGAGGAAGGAGGAGGCUGGUGGCUCUGCUCUGGCUGGUUGCAAUGAUCCUGUCCAUCCCUGCUUUAGUGGUCCGGCAGGUGAAGACAGAUCAGAACUGGACAAGCUGCCAACCUCACUACUCUUCUGAGGCCCAGCAGGUGGCCGUGCAGCUGACAGAGACUGUGGUAGGAUCUGUUUCAAUAGCUGUUGUGGCAUUGUCAUACAUCGGCCUUUACAGAAAAGUGAACCAGGCAGCUUUCUUCAACAACCCACAGACGACCCGGCUGGUCACAAGUAUCAUUUUGACCUAUUUUGUCCUCUGGAUGCCGCAUCAUAUCAUAAACGUGCUUGGUGUGGCAGCUUUUUCACUCAAAAACGAGGGGCUGAUUAAGUUUUCUGAGGACGCUUCAAACAUUGCUGGAGCACUGACAUUUGUGAAUAGCUGUGUGGAUCCACUCCUUUAUGCUUUUGCUUCCAGAAACUUGUGCACUUUGUGCCAAAAAAGGGAACAUUAAUGCUGUUGUUAAUGCAGAAGCUUGCAUUCCUGUCAGUUUAAACAUUUGGUGUUUCUGUGAAAAGCCACCGGAUAUCUCAACAGAUUGCAGAACGCCGACAACGCUUUGGGGAACUAUUUUAUUUCUUGUCAAAAUGAAAAAAAGUUUGUGGUUCAGUAAUGAACUUUGAGGUUAAGCAGCGCCUCCCUUCAAAUGAGCUCUGUGCUGAUUUCAACUGGUCCUCAGCCAGAGCUGUAGAAAUAGAGGUUUGUUACAGUGAAUCAGGCAAAGAGUCAAAAUAUCAGCAAGUAAAUGACAGAUUCUAUCACAUUGACAAUACAAUACCAAUGAACUUGGGUUAUAAUCGUGUUUUUUAUUUCAAAAUGUAUUUUUCUCUGUGUGUAUGUUGAUGUAGAUGUGUAAAGCCUUAGCUAGCAUUUUUUAACUGAUAAUGACAAUGUCUGUAUUAGCAUCUUAGCUUUUACGGGAGAGAUCCUGGCAGAGGAAACAACAGUUAAUGAAAAGACUGAAUAGUGUUUGUGUUGGAGAACAUCCAGUGAGAGGACUGACCAUUUGUCUCCAGUGUUUAGUAACAGACAGACAGAAAUAGACGAAAAGAGAGGUGAAGUGAACUGUACUUAUGAUUCAGACAGAUGUAUAAACUCAUUUAGUGAUUGAUUGAUUUAUUCAUUCAUUCUUUUUUCUUCUGUUUAGGGCACCUAAAAGCUAGACACAUGUUCAAACGGCAGACUUUUCCAGCUCUCACUGGAUUUUAUAUAUAUAUAUAUAUAUAUAUAUAUAUAUAUGUUGCAUAUAUUUUGUCUCAGGUAAACUGUGUUGAUGUAUUGUGCAACGCAUUCUCACUCUGACCUCGUCACAUAUCAGUAUUUGUUCAUGGACCUUCCAUGUCCACAUAUAAUGUUAGAGAUAACCCGGUUCUCCAUUUGUUAACGUUCAGGGACGCUGUGUCAAUUACACCUGUUACAUACAUUGUCUUCUUUCAAAGUACACUUCUGUUUUCACAAGAAACUUAAUGUUUACAUACAGUGUCUUUAAAAUAAAUGCACCACGUCAGUACAAUAAUGCAAAUGAAUGUUUUUGUUUUUCUCCAACAACCAAUGCUUGUGGUUAUGUUUAGCCAACAAAUGCAGGUGUUUGGGUUUAGGAAAAAAAGAACAGGGUUUGGCUUUAUAAUCUUAUGGAACACAAACACCACUCUCCUGGGUGAAAAUUGGUGUUUGUUGGACCCACACACCACCCCUUCCACCCGCCCUACUUGGAUUUUAGCCACUUUAACUUAUUUCUGGCUGCGUAUAAUGCUGACGUUAAAGGACAGCUUUUUUCAUCAGUGUCUGAUGCCACAAGUCACUGCCCAAGUACCGGAUUUUGACGACUUCGGAGUGAGACCGGGUUGUAUUGUGACGUUAUUGUAUCCCAAAGAGAUUACAAUACAUUAAUAGUAUAUAUCAACGCGAUCUCAGUCCCAACAUGUCAAAUAUCGACGCUUGGUUAGUAGCCUGUUACCAAUGCACUGAGGUACCCUUUAGUGGUGGUAUGACCGGGCGGCGCCAUUUUUGACCCUCCACAUAACUGCCAUAGUAUAAAGAGUGAGAAAGUCAGUACAGGGUGGAUGAGAGGGGAAUAUCGGUCAAACAAACUCAGGACUUUCACCUGGGAGUUUGCUGUUUGUGUCUCGUUUGCAACCAGAAUUCCAAUGAGUUGUUUUAAUAACCGUGUAGUGUGCUAGCAUGUGUAGCAUGCUAUGAUAGUGACCUAUGUCACAUGAUGUAUGUAACGUGUAUGUCACAUGAUGUCACAUUACGUAAGUAACAGACAUACUCGUUUUAAGCCAAACCAUUUUUUUUCUAAACUGAGCACGUACUUUUGUCCCCUAAGCUUCAGCUGUGAUGUUUGAUGUAUGUUCAAGUUUACUACAAAAAGAGACUGUAACAAUAAUAAUAAUUAAAAUAAUCUUUAUUUAUAAAGUGCUUUUCAGAACAACGUUACAAAGUGCUUUACAUGUCAGUAAUUAAAACAGACAAGACAUGGAAACAGCAACUUUUAAAAGAACUGAUAUAAACACACUAUAUAAACUGAGGGAAAUAACAGACAGUCUAAAUGAACUUAGAACUCAGGAUAAAAGUGUGUAUUAAGAAGGGACCUAAAAGAGAUCACUGAUUCGGCUGACCAGAUUUCCUCGUGCAGAUUGUUCCAGAGCCUAGGGGCCCCUUUAGUUUUCAGCUGGGACAGAUGAAAGAAAUCAGCUGCCCGAGGACCUUAAAGUACAUCCUGGCAUCUACGGCACUAAGAGGUCGGAGAUAUAGCUGUGAGAGAGACCAUGGGGAACCCUUAAAAAUAAUCAGUAAAAUCUUAAAAUUGACUCUAAAACGUACUGGGAGCCUGUGUAAAGAAGCUAAAACUGGAGUGAUGUCAUUUUGUCUCUGGCAGCUGAAUUCUUAACAGUCUGGAUUCGACUAAUAGAUCUUUGAAUCAGGCAAGAAAAGAGACUGGUAUCAAUCCAGACAUGAGUCGCAUCAAUCCUCUCACCUAAUUCUCAGCAAGAAAGUGAAUACCCAUGUUAGUAUUAUUAUUUCAGAAAUAUUAUUAGCAAAAUGCACUUAAAGUAUCAAAGUAACUGAUGUUAGUUGAGAUGGAUCUUAGUUUUAAAUGGUCUACUGUUACUGUAUUUUAAUCUAUGUUUUAUAUUCUUAUAUUGUGUUUGUAUAUAACUAACUGCUGUGAACGAAUUGUAGUGUUAUAAAAAAUGCAAUAUUUUUUACUCAAAUGAAGUAGAGCGUAUAACAGGGUUUCUACAGCUUAAUUAAGGCAAGCUAGAUUUAAGACUUUUUUUUUUUCAUGCCACUUGCAAUGAAAUCAAACACCAAUUUUACAAUAAAGAAAUUUAAAAAAAAAAAACCAUGACCGGACAUUAAUUACUUGAAGUAAGGGAAAAUUUUGCCCAAAUGUUCAGGUAAAAUAAAACAUGACUUUUUCAUCAUGUGGCAGAGACGAGGGUAGAGCACAGUGGCAAACCAAACACCUGCG